AUGACUUUGCCAAAAUGCUUAUCUAUGCGUUGGCAACUGGCCCUACCUCGAAGAUUGAAAAACUAUCCCCUUCUCACCUUCCUUGCCCUCGGCUUCUUUAUCCUUUAUUUCCUGUACUGGCCGUCCCAGGCGAAGCAGCACAGUGCAACGUGGAGUUUCUCCCCAUUGCUUGGUGAGUAUGUCCGGGUGGCAGUCUGCGCAAGCGACUGGUACGCUCCUAUUCGGGCCAAGGUUAACGGAAGUUACCGCCUUCUGUUGAACAUACUUGUGGAUCCAACCACCGCAACAACCGAGUUCGACCGUGUUUCCAGCAUCAACGUGGUAAAAUAUGACAGUCAUCCACGCCUGCUCUCCUUUGAAAAUAUGGCUGAGAUCGAGGAUCAAAUCUGGCGUCUGCCUGUGGACAAGCAAGUCUACCAGCUUUAUCCGCAGAGCAUGAACAUGUCGGAUGUUGUUAGCAGGGUGAAGUCUUGUCGUCCAGUGCCAGAGGUAAGUCCACACGGUUUUCCUGGAGUUGGGGAUUGUGUUAAGUGUGGUUAUUAUGGUGGUGCGUCCUCGCCUAUCUCUGGUCUUCUUGACGCUCUCUUGAUACCGGGCCCCAUUGGGGAGUGGCGAGAAAAAGAAGUAGAUGCAGCACAAGUCUACCCUCACUAUGAUCUAGCGCGUCACCGUCCCUGCAUCAACCUGCUAUGGAGCCCACGACGGUGGAGCUAUCGAUUCUGGUGGUGA